AGAAAACUUAUGUACAGUGCUACUUGUCUAGCAAACUUUAUCAGUAGACCGUAAUAACAUUCAUGCACUUCACCAUGUUUUUUGUUAAAACGCACCGCAAAUAGAGAUCCUUUAACGACCUUAGGUAACCCAAGUUUGCCGCUGUGGUUAAACGUCUUGGCUUGCUUGGAGUUUCUGGCAUGUAGACUAGUUUUGGCUUAAUUUGAUCCAUUAUUUACGUCCCUUAACUAAACAUAAUUUGCAGUUUUCUAAUUUGGUUUCACAUAUUUAAUCAAUUUUUAUUAGUGAUGGCAAUAAGCCCAGAAUCAAAUUUCGACCUCAAAGCAGAUCCUGGAAGUGCAUCAUUUUCUGAUUCUGGUGUAAGCAGCAGUUUCUCUUUAAAAACUAAUGCGAGUGCCUCUGUCUCAAUCAUUCCUUCCCCUCCGUUAUCUGGAUUUCCUGGAUGCACAGAUUCAAAUGGUUCCCCAUCACUUGAUCAAUCAUAUCUAAAUUUCCCAAAUAAAACGUACCCAGGAUUUUCGGACUGUAGCAAUCUACCUAUGUCCGCUAAUCAUCCAUAUCCUUUGCCGUCCAGACAUUCUUUUCCCCAGGGUUUUUUACCAAGUCCACCGUCAGCCUAUGCUUCAAGUUACAACUCUUCACAUGGUGUUUCAAAUUCGUUCUACCAACGUCAGGUUCCGUCCACUAUUUGUUCAGCUCCUAACAACAGCUAUGGUCUGUCACAGAUAUUUCCUCAUGAUAUGUUACAAAAUUCCAUGCUUGUCAACAGGGAUCAACACAACGGUUCUGUUGGUUCGUUAGAAAGUCAUUUUUCCCAACAUCGUGACCAUGGACAGUUUCCAUAUUCAGAUCCGUUUCAUUCUUCUGAUUUACGUCCUCUUCACAUCACUACGUCACCUCGCCAGUUAGGUCCUCACAACAGCCAUACUAAUAUGGGUGAUGUAACUUGUACAGAUUCUCUUGGAAAAAUUUCACCUCGAGAUUCUCCUAACGGCGUACCCGAUCAUUCUAUUACGCCUUGUGGAACAGUCAGCUCUGGUCCUGGGUCAUUGGUUAACUGCAGAUCGUCUAGAACCAUAGAAAGAGGUUCUGAAGUAUCUGCUGCUGAUAGUAAUUCUAACGUUGGAUCCAUAAAGGCAACAUUCACUCCUUGCAAGGUAUGUGGCGACAAAGCAAGUGGCUACCACUAUGGGGUGAUUUCUUGUGAAGGUUGCAAGGGUUUCUUUCGUCGAAGUAUUCAAAAACAAAUUGAAUAUAAGUGUUUAAGAGAUGGAAAAUGUCUUGUAAUACGUUUAAAUCGUAAUCGUUGUCAAUAUUGUCGUUUUCGUAAAUGUCUUGCUGCUGGUAUGUCAAAAGAUAGUGUACGAUAUGGUAGAAUGCCUAGACGAACACGUGGUUCUGACUGUGGAAGAGAUAAUUCUGACCAGCUAAUGUCAAUACCGCAUAAUUCAUCUACAAAUUCAAUGAGAAUUGAUUCAACUAUUGGUAAUGGUAGUGGACAUGUUUCCGCUUUUAUUCCACCACCUUCGUGUACAUCAGAAUUAUCAGGUAAUUCGGCAGUAGUGGGAGCAGCGGCUGUGGCAACGACUACAACAACCACAACUACGACUACUGGUCGUUAUGGUAUAUGUAGUAGACCGGGGAAUGAUCAUCUUGGUUUAUAUGAAACUAUACUAACUAUAAGUCAAGCUUAUCAAAAUUUCUCUCCAUAUACCGAUGAAAAGAUUAAAGUUAUGCGAUGCAGACCAAUCACUUUGUCGAAUGUAACACGUGAAUUUUGGCCUGAAAAAGUGGAUGAGCAUCGAUUACGUAUGCAUGAAGAAUUAAGUCAAUUAUUAGCACCAUGUAUACAACAAGUUGUAGAAUUUGCUAAACGUAUCCCGGAAUUUAGUUCACUUGGUCAACCAGAUCAAUUAGUAUUAAUUAAAGCGGCAUUUUUUGAAGUAUGGCUUGUUCAAGCAUCACGUUUAAUAUCAACACAUGAUCGUAAAAUAACAUUGGCUGAUGGUAAACAAAUUACUAAACAAGAAUUAGAUUUUAUAUAUUCACCGAGUGUUGUGUGCUCAAUUUUCUCGUUCUCCGAAAAUUUCAAUUCAUUAGUGCUGAACGACACCGAAGUUGCUCUUUGUUGUGCUGCUGUCAUCACUAAAUCAAAUCGUUAUGGUUUGAUUGAACCGAAUAAAGUAGCCAUUAUGCAAGAUCAUCAUUUAGCUGCUCUUCGUAUGCAAUUAGAACGUAAUAGACCAAGAGAGUCUACCUUAAUUGGGCAAGUACGAAAUGUGAUUAAUCAAGCGACCACAGUUGGGGAUGAAGUACAAUUAUGUAUUCGAUGGUAUAGAGAAAAUUGGUAUCGUACACGAUUAGCACCAUUAUAUGCUGAAACAUAUGAUAUUCCACAUGAAGAUACUUCUACUGUACCUAUAUCCAAUCAUGGUGCAUCAACACCUCUUCCUAAUCCUUCUCAACAUACAGGUAAUUCAUAUCCUAUAUGCCCAAAUAUUUCGUCUGUUUGCCCACAAGCUAUUCCAUAUGGUGAUGUCACAAAUACAACACCAUUAAGUUAUGGUUCUUCAACAGCAUCUAUUCCACAAGCUGUUCAUCAUCAUUAUCCAAAUCAAUCUAUUAAUAGAUCGGAUAUUUCCAAUAUGAUACCAUCUUGUUCAAUUAACGGAAAUAUGGUUUACUGCAAUAAUAAUAACAAUGGAAAUAGAAUUCAAACUGGUAAUAUUGAUCAUUGUUCUUCUGAUGGUCAAAUACACGAUGUUACUCAAAAACAAAACUCACAACAUCAAAUUCAUCAACAAUCACAUUUAAUUCCAGAUUCAUCUCAUAUGAGAGGAUCUUAUUCGUCAACUACAAAUUUAACAUCAAAUUCUGAUUCACCUUUAAAUAAUCAAUCACAUGCAUUUUCUGGACACUUUAAUUAUCAUGAUAAUUCAAUAACCUAUAAUCCAUCCAAUUCGAAUACAUAUUCAAAUUCCAGAGAUUGUUCUCCUUCUUCUACACAAAUGCUUUCAACAAACUACUUGGUGCCAUCACCUCAACAACAACAACAACACCAACGAAGUCAAGUAUCUGUUUUACAAUCAUCUCAAUACUCUUGUUCUUCAGCAAUAACCUCACCACAACGUCAAGUCACCUCAUCAGUACAAUCAACAGGAAUGAUAUCGACUCAAAAUCAAAAUGAUCAUAUGAAUUUAAAUAAAUCGGUAAUUUCGGUUAAAAACCAUAGUUCACGUUCUAAUACUCCCACAUCUUACAAUAAUAAUAUAAUUCAUCCUAGUAGUACAAAUGAAAGUUUGCCACCUUUAUGGACAAAUAUGAAUACCGACAGUAAUAAUAAUAAUAAUGGUAAUAAUGGUCUAAGUGAUCAUGCAAUCAGUUCAAAUGGUGGGACACCAGAAGUCCAACAGCAAUCACAUCAUCAACAAUAUCAUACCUCACCAAUCUCACAGUCAGAUCUAAUGAAUAAUACUCCUGAUACUAAGCAUAAUUUAAAUGCAUUAUCACCUAUUAAUGAAACUUUAUCAUGCGAACAACAAGAUACAUAGAUAUCUGGUGAAUUAUUAUAAUUCGAAAUUUCUCUCCGGAAUUAUAUGUAAAAUAAAACUUGUCAAUAAUGACUAUCCAAAUUCUUAUCAUUGAUUAACAUACAGGAAGAAAUAAAACAAUUCUUAAGACUUUAUUUUAUAAUCAACAUAUUUGUAUUCAAUCCUUAUCCUUGCAAAUUGAAUUCUUCUUCUAAUUCUCAGGGAAUUCUCUAAAAGAAACCAACAAUUUUAUUUCUAAGCAUUACAUAUUAGAAAACCAACAAAAAAACACACAUACACAAAUGUAAUCCAGUCAAUGACUUACAUGUUCAUCAAUUAUAGAAAAUUACAUUCAACUACAUACAUACUUAUGAUGUAUGGAUACAUACAUGUGUUUACAUGUCACAGGGAUUAAUUUAUUGUGGUUCACUGUAUUUUUUUUAAAAUUACAAAUAUUCAUCUCAGGGACUAAAGAUUAAUUAUGUCUUUUAACUUUUUGUUAAAAGUUUUCACAUUUCCUUUUUUUGGAAAUAUCAUCGUCAUCAUUAUUAUCAUGGUUAUCGUUCUAAAUCCCUCAAUCUCUCCGCCCCUCCACCUGUUCCUUUCCACCCAACCAACUCUUCCUAUUACUGCUAAUAUUAUCAGCGAAAUUAUUUAGAGUUUAAAAAAACAAGUAUAUCAAGAUGUGGAACAAUAUUGUAUUAUGUUAAGUAGUCUUGAACUGUCUAUUCAACUCUUUGAAUGUAACAUCAUUACUUAUUAUUUCAUUUAUGACAUUUGUAUUUAACUUAUCUCAGGGCUUAUAACGUUUCAUUGAAUGUUCUACAAAUAUUUUAUGUAGCUAUAUUAUUAUUAUUACUAUUAUUAUUAUCAUCACUUUUGUAUUACUCUGGAAAAAAGAAAUAAUACCAUCAGGAUAUUAAGAGUAUCUGCAUAUACAUAUAUAUGUUAUUCUCAUCUCAGGGUUAUUCAAUAUUCAACUCAGGUAUUUGUUUGUCUUAUUAUUAUUAUUAUUAUUAUUUUUACUUUAAACUCUUUUCUUCUUAUAUUCAAUGUUUUCAUAUACUACCUUCAUCAAUUAACUUAUGUUUUUCCUCCAAUCUUUAUUAGUAUGAUAAUGUCUAUUGUGCGAAUUAGUUAAAAAGAAAUGAAUUAAUUAGUUAUUGAAUAAUUUCACCUUUUACAUUACAAUUACUCAGGGAAUUCAUAUAUUCUUAUAAUUAAUUAAGUUUAUACGCUUUAUAGUCUUAAUUUGUCUUUUUUCUUGUUGUCGUUGUUGUUGUUAUCCAUGCGUUUGUAUGUACGACAUUUACAAUAUCAUUAUAUUGUUAUUUUGUUGUUGUUCACUAUUUCCUCAUUUUGCAUAACAUAUAUAUAAUUUACAAUUUAAUGUUAUUUUGGCUCUGUAAGAAUUCAUGGUUCUUUUUUGUUUGUUUGUUUUUUUCCAUUGUGCUUUCAAUGAUCAAUUAUUUAUUUAUUAUUUAUUGCCCUCUCAUUACAACAUAAGUACUAAUCAGGUUUUGUUUAAUUAAAAUUAAUUAUUUGUUAGUUUCUAUAUAUCCCUUUUCAAUUUGAUCAUGAUCAAACUAUAAUAGUUUAUCAGGUAUAUAAUUAGCUUACAAAAUCAUAUAUAUAUAUAUAUGAACAAAUAUAUAUAUGUAUGAACAUGUUAAGUAUUCUAAUUGUUAGCUUAUAUUCUCUCUUCGGAUUAUUCUCUAUUUCUUUAUGUUCUGUUUUGCAUGAUUCUUUCUUCUUCUUCUUCUUCUUCUUGUUGUUGUUGCUGUUGGCAAGUUUGUCUUCUUUUCUUUCUAAAUUUUCCUUUUCUACUAUUUCAACUAACUAGUCUAAUCAUGAUAAGUACAAUCAGAUGAAAGUUAUAUUGACAUGGUUGUACACAUUUCCUUGAUAAAACUUAUCAACCGUGAAUAUUUACCUCUUCUUUUUAAAAAUUUCUUUGUUCUUUACUGAUUACAUCUGUUGAAUUAUUUUUUGUUUGUUUGUUGGUAUUUUGUGAAUUUUAAUAUUAAAAAUAAAAUAGUCAUUGGGAUAAUUAAAGUUAAUUUCAAUCAUAUAUAUAUAUAUAUAUAUAUAUAAUUACUAUUAGUUAUUCAUUCCAUCAAAAUUGUUCAUUACGUAAGCUUAAUCUAAGACUGAAUUAAUAUCUAAUGAAAGCGAAAUAGUCGAUUUCAUCAAUUAAUUAAUUAAUUAAUUAACGAAUGAUCACUGUUUUUUUUCGUUUGUUUUGUUUUGUACAACAAAAAACCAACCUUAUUUUGUAUUCUAUUGUACUCAUUCAUAAAGUAAGGUAUAUAUGGAUAGAUAUAUAUUCAUAUAUAAAUGAAUAGUUGUUACCUGCUUGUUUAUAUGUUUGUUUGACAUUGCUAAUUAUUGGUCAAACCUGCUUAAUUAAUAUUUACAUUUCUGAUAACAGUGAUAUUAUUAUUAUUAUUAUUAUAAUUACUACUACUACUAUUACAGUUAUUGUCAAUGUUACUAUUGAUACUACUGAUUAUAUUAUUAUUACUACUUUUGUAAUCCUUGUUCUCGUCAUGAUCCUUCAAGGAGUAUCUAUUAUUGUCUGUGUAUGUUUAUUUCGGUUCUCUUGUGUGUGCACGUAAAUCUCUGUAAAUGCAAUGGUGUGAUUUCAUUUACAAAAUGAAACAUAUUGUUUCUGUUUAUUAUUAUUCUUUCAUUUUGGUAAUUAAUCAAAUUAUCACUAAACUCUUAUUCAUUUUUCUUUCAUUACGCAAUCUAUACUGUUCUCUGUGUUUUACAAUCUUACCAUACUAUGAAUGGUAUGAUAUAUCCGCCUUUUUUCUCUUUCUAUUGAAAAAGCAAACAAUUGUUUACACAUAUACUACUUGUGUGAAAAGACAAAACAGAGACAGAAUUAUUCAUUGUUUUCAUCAUUUGUAUUCAAUAAUCAACUGAAAAUAUAAACGGUAUAUAUAUAUAUAUAUAUAUAUAUAUAUAUAUUGUUUGUGAUUACAAAUUUCCCUUUGAUUAAUUCCUAAAGUCUUUAUUACUUUCAUUCUGUAUUCUUCAUUGAUAUUCUUGGAAUGAACUCUAUCUUUCAUCUUCAUUCUUUACAACCUUAUACAUUUGAAUCAAUAGUUAAUCAUUAACACUAAUACGCACAAAAGACAUUUCAAUAGUCAUUAUCUCAGGAACCGUUUUGUUUCUUUUGUCUUGUCCUAUUUUUUAAUGUAUACAAAAUUGAGUGAAUUAAAUUAGUUAAUCGAGUCUACCGCUGUUGCUUAUUUCAUUUCUUCCACGAAUUCAUCAUUUAUCCUGUUUCUUAUACAAACAGUUCAAUAUUUUGUUUUUUUUUUCUCUCUUAACUUUUGUUUCUCUGUGGAAUAAUUUUUCAUUGGUCGUGUUAAAAGAAAAAAAACACAUGGAUUUUUGUUUUUAAAAUUGAUUCAUUUGUUUCGUUAUCUGGUUGGUUUCAUCAAAUUAUUAUUGUUCCUCCAUAAAAGUGAUAUAAAAAAUAUAUACAAUCAUAUGUAUGUAUAUAUACAUAUAUAUAAUAAAGUGUACUUUGUUUUUCAUUGAUUCGACUUAAGUAAAAAUGAUAUAAGUAUAAUAAGACCUUAUCAAUUCAUUCAAAACCUGGAAGCACUGGUGGACAGUGGCACAACUUCUUGGAUUGGUUGAAAUCAGACAUUAACAGCGUUGGAUGUCGUCUCAGUGAUCUAGUGGUUAAGCGCUCGUUCACGAGACUGAUAGGUCCUGGCUCCGAAUCUUGCGAGGCAGGAUCGUUGAUGCGCACUGCUGAGAAGUCCUAUACUAGGAUGGAACGACCGUUCAGUGCUUCCAGGUUCUUCAUUGACUCAUUCAACUAUUAAAAUUAUACGUUAAUAAUUUCCUAGUGAGACCUUGGAUGCAGAUUGCCGAGGAAUUCCAUACUAGAACAAAAUAACUCCAAUGACUUGUAAUUUUCUCUGGUUGUUUGAUUUAGAUCAGUUCAUGUUGUUAAUUAAAAACUCAAUAAUUACCACAAACCCUUACACAAAUAACGCAUGUAUAACUGAAAAUCACUUUUAG